GACAUUCGGGAUGCUGCUAAUUUUCAGUGUUUAACUAGUGUUGUAUUUAUGUUUUUUGCUAGUUUUGUUCCAGCAAUAUCAUUUGGCGGUUUAAUGGGGACUUACACUGAUGAAACAAUGGGAACAAUCGAAACUUUAUUUGCCCAAUGCAUUUGUGGAGUUAUUUGGGGGUUAUUCUCUGCACAACCUCUUCUCAUUAUGAGUGCUACAGGCCCUGUACUUAUUUUUGAAGCUAGUCUUUACAAUUUUUGUGCAGCAUUACAUUUGGACUUUUUGAGUGUUAGAUUUUAUGCUGGCCUUUUUAUUUUUCUUAUAGCAACUUGCAUUUCGGCAUUAGACGGUGCUCGUCUUUUAGUUUACGUUACUCGAUUUACUGAAGGUAAAUGGAAGGGAAAAAAUUUAAAAAUUAAUUUUUAAAAUUUUUCUUUUAGACAUUUUCGCCACUUUAAUUUCUGCUAUUUUUAUUGCUGAAAGUUUGCAUUUUGUUUGGCAUA